AUGCAGCGAGCCGCGCAAAACGCCUGGACUAUUUGUAUCGCCGGUGCCCGCAGGGGCUUCACUACAUCUCUAGCCUCCACUUCUUGCUGUCACCGAAUUUCCCUUUGUUCCAGUCCGAGAGCCACGGCUGUGCCGCAUCGAACAGUUAUGUCGUCGUCGCAGUGGACGUGCACCCCGAGAGUGUUCCCCACGUCGGGACUCGAGUUGCUUGACCAGUCCAUCGAGCUUGAGGAGGAGACACUGCCGAAUUACCAACCGGAGAAAUACUACCCAGUCAACCAGGGUGAAGUAUUGAAUGAUCGGUAUCAAACAAUUGCCAAAAUCGGGUACGGAGUAACCUCUACAGUUUGGCUUGCGAAAGACUUGAUUGCAUCGACAUAUGUUGUUUUGAAGGUUUAUAUAACAGGCCAAAACCGGGACCACGAGCGAGAGCUCCGCAUGUACAAGCAUAUGAAUUCAGUAACAAAAAAACAUCCAGGCAGAAACUUCAUUCGCAAACUUCUCGACCAUUUUUAUAUCCAGGGCCCCCAUGGCCGUCAUAUCUGUCUUGUUCAUGAGCCUCUCGGAAUAAGUGCAGAUAUUCUGGUAAAGAUGUCUCCUGGGCACGUAAUGAGCCUUGAUGACAUGAAGCCUGGUAUACGACAGCUACUUAUUGCAUUAGAUUUCUUGCACUCGGAGUGCCAUAUUAUCCAUACUGAUCUCCAGCUGAAGAACUUACUACUUCCCGGACCAGAGACAAGCUAUCUUUCCCGAUUUGAGGAAGCUGAAGUUACAGACCCAUCACCUAGAAAAAUACUCAAAGACCGAACAAUCUAUAAGAGUUUAGGUUUCCUUUCAAGAGGUGGGCUGCCAGUUCUUACUGAUUUUGGGGAAGCUCGAUCAGGCGAGAAAGAGCAUGAUGAUGAUAUCAUGCCAAAUGUUUAUAGAGCGCCUGAAGUGAUUUUGAGAUCCAGCUGGGGUUAUAAGGUGGAUAUAUGGAAUGUUGCCAUGGUUGCCUGGGACAUCGUUAGCCCCCGCACCCUUAUUAAUGGCAAAAAUGUAGAUGGUGUAUUUGAUGACCGAGUUCAUAUGGCGGAACUAGUUGCCCUGCUAGGCCCUCCGCCACCUGAAUUCCGGGAACAGAGACACCUGAGUUCGGUCUUCUGGGAUGAGUCAGGCACCUGGAAGGAAGUCGCCCCAAUUCCAGAUAUCACUAUUGAGACGCUUGCUGAGAAGGUUAAAGGGGAAGACAAAGAAGGGUUUUUGCGGUGGCUCCGGAUGGCCUUGCAGUGGAACCCCAAGGACCGGCCAACGGCUUUGGAACUCUUAUACGAUGAGUGGCUAAUGAAGGGGCUGGGGGAGUGA